AUGGAGCCCCGGGCUACUGCAGCUGGCGCGCCCGAGCCUGCGGCGCCGUCCUCCUCCUUCCAGGCCCGGCUCUGGAAGAACCUGCAGCUGGGGGUGGGCAAGAGCAAGGGCGGCCGCGCCGGGGGCUCCGAGCGCCGCACUGCGGGCACCCCAUCGCCCUCCCCGCCGCCCCCCGGGGGCAGGCGGGACACCCUGACCGGCGUGGGUGGCGCGGGCAGCAGGUGGAGCGGCUUCAAGAAACGCAAGCAGGUGCUGGACCGCGUCUUCUCCUCCUCCCAGCCCAACCUGUGCUGCUCCUCUCCGGAGCCUCUCGAGCCCGGCGGCGCCGGCAGAGCGGAGCAGGGGUCCACGCUGCGCCGCCGAAUCCGCGAGCAUUUGCUUCCCGUGGGGAAGGGGCCGGUGGCCGCCGCGGGAGCAGCCGGGGCGACCCCUCCUGGCGGGCGCUCCCCGGACUCGGCUCCUUCUUCGUCCUCCGCCUCAUCGUCCCUGUCCUCCUCACCCCAGCCGCCCCCGAGGGGGGAGCGCGCCCGAGAUGACGGCACACAGCCUCGGGGUCCCGGGGCGCACUUGUGCCAUCAGAAGAGUUCCUCCUUGCCGGGCACCGCCUGCCUGGAGCAGCUGUUGGAGCCGCCGCCCCCUCCUGCUGAGCCGGAGCGGAGCCCGCGGAGUGGGCGCGCACCGAGCACUGGUCAAACACAUGGUGUUUUAGAAAAAAAAAUAAAUACCGCUGGAACCAGUAAUGCAGAUGUCCCUUUGGGUGAUCCCGGAAUGUACCAGUUGGACAUUACAUUAAGAAGGGGUCAAAGUUUAGCCGCCCGAGAUCGAGGAGGAACAAGUGAUCCAUACGUGAAAUUUAAAAUUGGAAGAAAAGAAGUUUUUAGAAGCAAAAUAAUACACAAGAACCUCAAUCCUGUGUGGGACGAGAAAGCUUGCAUUCUUAUUGAACAUCUUAGGGAGCCAUUGUAUAUAAAGGUAUUUGACUAUGAUUUUGGACUACAGGAUGACUUUAUGGGCUCAGCCUUUCUGGAUCUCACACAACUGGAGUUGAACAGACCCACAGAUGUGACGCUAACACUGAAAGACCCCCAUUAUCCUGACCAUGAUCUUGGAAACAUUUUUCUCUCUGUUGUUCUUACCCCAAAAGAAGGAGAACACAGGGAUGUGACAAUGCUAAUGAGGAAGAGUUGGAAAAGAUCAAGUAAGUUUCAGGCCCAAAGUUUACGUCUGUCAGACCUACACAGAAAAUCCCAUCUUUGGAGAGGAAUUGUCAGCAUCACAUUGAUUGAGGGGAGAGACCUGAAGGCCAUGGAUUCAAAUGGGUUGAGUGACCCCUACGUGAAGUUCCGGCUUGGGCAUCAGAAGUACAAGAGCAAGAUAAUGCCAAAAACUUUGAAUCCUCAGUGGAGAGAACAGUUUGAUUUUCAUCUCUAUGAAGAAAGAGGUGGAAUCAUUGAUAUCACUGCAUGGGACAAAGACGCUGGAAAAAGAGAUGAUUUUAUUGGCAGGUGUCAGGUUGACCUGUCCGUCCUCAGCAGGGAACAGACACACAAGUUGGAGCUGCAGCUGGAAGAGGGAGAGGGGCACCUGGUGCUGCUGGUCACUCUGACAGCUUCGGCCACAGUCAGUAUCUCUGACCUCUCUGUCAACUCCCUGGAAGAUCAGAAAGAACGGGAGGAGAUAUUAAAGAGAUAUGGUCCUUUGCGGAUAUUUCACAACCUAAAAGAUGUGGGAUUCCUCCAGGUGAAAGUAAUCAGAGCAGAAGGGUUAAUGGCUGCUGAUGUUACAGGUAAAAGUGACCCAUUUUGUGUAGUUGAACUGAACAAUGAUAGGCUACUGACACAUACUGUCUACAAAAAUCUCAAUCCUGAGUGGAACAAAGUCUUCACAUUCAACAUUAAAGAUAUCCAUUCAGUUCUUGAAGUGACAGUUUAUGAUGAAGAUCGGGAUCGAAGUGCUGACUUUCUGGGCAAAGUUGCUAUACCAUUGCUGUCUAUUCAAAAUGGUGAACAGAAAGCCUACGUCUUGAAAAACAAGCAGCUGACAGGGCCAACAAAGGGGGUCAUCUAUCUUGAAAUAGAUGUGAUUUUUAAUGCUGUGAAAGCCAGCUUACGAACAUUAAUACCAAAAGAACAGAAGUACAUUGAAGAGGAAAACAGACUCUCUAAACAGCUGCUCCUAAGAAACUUUAUCAGAACGAAACGUUGCGUCAUGGUGCUGGUAAAUGCUGCAUACUACGUUAAUAGUUGCUUUGAUUGGGAUUCACCCCCAAGGAGCCUCGCUGCUUUUGUGCUCUUUCUCUUUGUUGUCUGGAACUUUGAGCUCUACAUGAUACCACUGGUUUUGUUGUUACUAUUGACAUGGAACUACUUCUUGAUAAUAUCAGGGAAAGAUAACAGGCAACGUGAUACAGUAGUGGAGGACAUGCUGGAGGACGAGGAGGAGGAAGAUGACAAAGAUGACAAGGACAGUGAAAAAAAGGGAUUUAUAAAUAAAAUCUAUGCCAUCCAGGAGGUAUGUAUCAGUGUCCAGAACAUCCUAGAUGAAGUGGCUUCCUUUGGCGAAAGGAUAAAGAAUACUUUCAACUGGACCGUCCCAUUCUUAAGCUGGCUGGCCAUCGUAGCACUCUGUAUGUUCACAAUCAUCUUGUACUUCAUUCCACUGAGAUACAUUGUCCUUGUCUGGGGCAUCAAUAAAUUUACAAAAAAGCUUCGGAGUCCAUAUGCAAUUGACAACAAUGAACUACUUGACUUCCUUUCCAGAGUCCCUUCAGAUGUACAAGUGGUGCAAUACCAAGAACUGAAACCAGAUCCUUCUCAUAGCCCAUGUAAAAGGAAGAAAAACAAUCUUGGGUAGCCAACUCCCAGCACUGACGAGACCAGCAUCUGUUUGGGAAGAUAAAAGAAAAAGCCUUUAGCCUCAGCAGCAUUUCCUUUCUUUCUGCUUUUUAUUUAUUUUGCCUUUUUAUCAUGAUCGAGGGAAUUUGUAAAUAGUGUACAAAGGCAUAUGUCUUUGAAAAUAUACUUCCAUUGUACAGACUCAAUUUGAUAAAGGUUUAAGUUACUGCUGUGUGAAAAGCUUUGCUAGAACAACAAAUGUAAGAAUGGUAACACACUGAAAGAUACAUACUUCUCUAAUUACAUGUGAAAGAACCAGAAUAUUACAUUAAAUGCUCAGCUGUGCUCUGAUUAAAUUGACAUAAAAUGUAAAUGUCUAUUUGAUUUUAAAGUUUUUCUUAUGUGACUAUUUUUUAUCUAAAGAGUAAUCCAUUACAGUUUUCUAUGUUUUAUACAUUUCAAAAGGGUGGGGAGGGGAAUCCCAAAACUGAAAAGUGGAACAGAUGCAUUUCAAUUUAACGUAGAUUCUGACACCAGAUUCUGACAUUCAUUCCUGUGCAAAUUAUUUAGAUAUGACUAGGCUGAUUUUAAGCUAAUGAGUGAAGGUAUAUUCACCCUCUCAAGAGAAUUUUCCACACUCUGAAAAUCAACCCUGCAAAGAAAACUUAAAACAUUCUAUUAUUCCAUCUAAAACCUUAAAAUCUCUACAGAACUACUCAAAAAUACUGCCAGAUUUAUAAAUGAUUGCCUAUCUAAAUUUUUAUAUCUACCACUCUUUUAAUUUAUAUACUAAAUUAGCAAAUUAGGAGCACAGUUCAGUUGUCAAAAAUACUAGUAAAUAAAAUCCAUAUUGUUUUUGGUGUUAGAUCAUACCUCUGUGCAUCUAAAAAUAUUUAAUGCUCAAGUGUUCUCACAGAAAAAAAGUAUCUGCUCUCUCAUUAGGAUACUGAAAUGCUUUAAUAUAUACCAUGACUUUUGUUAUUAGUGUGAAUUUUAAUGUAGAGGAGAAUGCAGUGUGCUAAGUGAUAUGCCAGUGUUUCAUCACUUUAUUUUAUGGAAAAAGUAAUCAUUCUUGGUAAUAUGAAUGCAUGAAAACCUAUUUUGUAAAAUAAACUGCACAUAGGGAGGGAAAAUUUGCCUUCAAAACUCUUUCACUUCUUACCAUAGAAUCUAUACUUAAAAAUUACAUUCCCAAGACUCUUAUGGUAGUUUUUGUACCUAACUCCCUGUUAUAUCAAGGGACUGUACCUAUGGAGAAAGAUCCUCUGGUGAGAAUGUAUUACUUCCCUGAUUUGGUAGGGAAUUGAGCUUGGUUGAAAUUGCUGCAGACAAUUGUUUGCACUACUUUAUUAUAGAAAGGGGGUGGGGUGAAGGUGGAGGUUUUGCUGGAAAAAUGUAGAAAGCCAGAAGCAAGAAAUAUAUAUUUAUUCUAAAGAAAGGCUCUUAAAAACUAUUCUUUAAAAAUAAAUUUGAUCUCAUCAGAGCUGAUUUUUAAAGUAUUUUUAUUUUAAAGCUAUGUUGUUAAAUACUAUUUCUUAUGACAAAACUAUUUUGAUCUGUUUAUAUACUAUGCUUGAAAGAAUGUCAAUUAAAUCCCUUUCUACAGAAAGGCUUUGACCUCAAUAUGCUCUAUAUUUAGUGUAUCAUGUUUAUAAUGACAUGCCUACAUCUGCAUACCAUCACUGUCUGUUGCUAACACAUAAUACUCCAUGAAGUUGAUGUUAUUAUAGGAAGUUUAUUGAUGGGAUAAUUUGAAAUAACUUUCAACUACACCUGUAUGAGAUUUAUGUUCUCUGCUGACAUGUCUACUCAAAUGUCUACAAGCCUGAUAUUCUACAACCUCAGAUGUACCUAGUAGAUAAUAACCAUUAACAGAUGACUUACUUCUGUUUGCUUCAUUCUAUCAAAUUUCAGAUGUUUGGUGCAAUGGUAAUGUUAACUAUACAUUCACUGCAUUAAAUAAAAAAAAAAUC